AUGUUUCCUGGACGUAGUGGCCCACAGGGUACUUCUCAAGUGGACUUUAGCAUUAUUGAAUAUUGCGAUCGUUUAAAAAAAGAAUUUAGUGUAUUACAACAACAGUGUCAAAGUUUAAAAUUUGACUGUGAAAAAUUAGCACAAGAAAAAAUAGAAGUUCAUCGUCAAUAUGUUAUGUAUUAUGAAAUGUCCUAUGGACUUAAUGUUGAAAUGCAUAGACAAUCAGAAUUAGCUAAACGAUAUUUAGCUAUAUGUCAUCAAAUAAUUCCAUGUUUAUCGCAAGAACAACAAAAUCAGGUAGCAGCAACACUUGAACGUGCUAAACAAGUCACUGUUGCAGAAUUAAAUGCUAUCAUUGGGCAACAAAUGCAUGGUCAAGGUGCUGCUUUUCCUCAUGGACAUAACCAAUCACCUCAUUUAGCAGCAUUGACUGCUGCACAUGCAGCAUCUCCUUUUGGUUUGCCUGGUGCAGCCGGACUUCCUCCUGGUCUUCUUGCUUUACAAGGUGCUGCAGCUGCUGCACAACAAGCAUAUCUCAAAGAUGAGAAAGAUAAUCUAGAACGUGCAGAAAAAGCAGCAGCAGCAGCAGCUGUAGCUGCAGCAGCCAUGGCCGCAGCAUCAUCACAUAAACGAAGUUCAAAUUCUCCUCAUCAUAUGACAGAUAAAUAUCGUGGUCAUAGUCGUUCACCACUUGAAUCUAAUGAAUCAAAGAAACUUAAACGAGAUGAAGAUAGUGAUGGUGAAAAAAGUGAUGGUGAUUUAGUUGUUGAUGAUCCAAACGAAAAUGAUAAACAAAUGAUGAAUGGUUCUCGUUCACCACUUGAAAAUGGUGAUGCACUAAAACUAAAUUCAGCAUCACGUCAUAAACAAUUACAUAAUGAUGAUAGUAGUCGAAGUCCACAUAGUGAUAAUGGUUCAUCUCGUAGUACACCUUCACAGAAGGGUAGUGAAAAAAGUGGUUCAGCGCCAAUAACAACAACAGGAACGAAUACAUCAUCGAGUGGCAACGGUGGAAAUUCAAUGAACAAGACAAGCUCGCGUAGUAGCAGCAACAGUGGUGUUCGUCAUUCUCCGAAACUUCCUCGUAUGUCAUCACGUCCUCCUUUUGCCGAAUCUGUUUCUUAA